AUGGCAUCAUUCAGAAUUCACGAAGAUCAAGAAAAUGCUGUAUUAGGAAUUAGAAAAGAUGCUGAACUUUUUACAGCAAAUUCUCAACGGCGUGCUUUAGGCGAUCUCAGUCAGUUCGCUUGCAAUCAAAACCGGAACAACAAACUUACCAGAUUUACGAACGGACCGUGCAAAGUUCAAGAUGAAAAUAGGACGGUACGUCAGAUAAAAAAUGAGAAGAACAUUGUAGCUCAAUUUCGCGCGUUUAGUGUGUAUGAAGACAAGCCCUCUGAAGUGGAGGUCAAAAAACGCGAGCCGGCUUUCAAACCAUUUAUUACUAAGGAAAUCAGAAAAGAUAACUUCUUUGUAAAUGCUGCUGAGAAUGUUAAGGCUCUUUGUGCUCAGGUUGAGAAACAGCCAGAUCAGUCUAAAGAAAGUACUUCAGCCAGGCUUCCACUACAAGAGAAGAAAGAUGUGGUACAAGAAAAAGAGGUUAUUGAAUCACCUAUGUCAGUUGUGGAUAACAGCAUAUUAUCCAUGUCAAUAUCAAAAAAUGAGAGCCAAUUUCUUGAGGAGAACCUUGAAGAGGAAGAUGUAACCACUGCACAAACUGACCGUGAAAUGUUCUUUCAUGUUCUAGAAUACCGUCAGGACAUUUAUGAAUAUAUGAGAGAGAUUGAAGUUAAAAACAGAGCUAACCCACGCUAUAUGAGGAAGCAGCCAGAUAUCACGCUUAUGAUGCGCUCAAUACUGAUUGACUGGCUCGUCGAGGUAUGUGACGAGUACGGACAACAGAGUGAGACACUACACCUAGCUGUGUCUUACGUUGAUCGCUUCUUGUCCUACAUGAGUGUGGUACGCACUAAACUACAACUGGUUGGAACAGCUGCUACAUAUAUAGCUGCGAAAUAUGAAGAGGUUUACCAAAUGUGUUUGCAAAAUUUUCUCCGUAAAAUUUUAAUAUUUGAAUGA